CUGGACGGCGGAGCGGCUCGUGCUGCGCGGGGCAUGACGAGAUGCCGCUGGUGACAGCGGCGUCGGAGCGAUAAUGAACGCCUUCAGUAAGUGCUGCGAUGGAUGAGGAAGGUUUACCGUCAGCGCAGGGCGGAAUAACAGUGAGCUGUUGUGUCUCCUGGCUCCGCGAUGGUGUCACCUCUGUGCGCUUUUCCCUCUGCUAUCCGGACAGGGGACACUGGCGGAGAAGUGACACACCGGCGUCGGAAUUUACGCAAUUAUCAGUCUGAGAAUAGACGGGCGAGGGAGUAGAGGCGCCGUCAUGGAGAAACACAGCAGAGUCAAGGAGGAAAUGCCGACAUCGAAGGAGGAGAAGCGCAAAGAGAAAAAGCCGAAAUCUGGGAAGCUUUUCAGGAGGAAAUCGUUGAAGUCUGUGGGGAGUUUUAUGAACAGAAUCAUCAAAACUUUGGGUACUUUGACCCACUUUGGAGACGCUGACGCGCAGGACGCGGAGGACGACGACGGGGGGUUCCGGAAUGGCGCACCUUGCACCCUGAGCGCCGGCUCGGGAAUGAUCAAGGAGGACGCACAGGUGACUUGGGACCGCGUGGUGAAAAACACCUCGAGUACGUCCUCGUCUCUGUGCACCGGCAGAGAGAAACUACUUUACCAAUACGCGGACAAAAUCCCGGGCGUCCUGGGGCUGAAGAACCACGGGAACACCUGUUUCAUGAACGCCGUGGUCCAGUGUUUGAGCAACACCGACCUGCUGGCGGAGUACCUGGGGCUGGAGCGGUACAAGCUGGACCUGAGUCACACCAGGAUUAACGGGGUGGUGAAAACUGAUGAGACGCGGCUCGCCAAGGGAGAAGUCACGGAGCAGUUGGCGUCACUUGUCAGGGCUCUGUGGACUCUGGAGUACACCCCGCAGCUGUCUGUGGACUUUAAGACUAUAGUGUCCAAGUACGGCUCACAGUUUCGUGGUAACUCCCAACAUGACGCCCUGGAGUUCCUCCUGUGGCUGCUGGACCGCGUCCACGAAGACGUCGAUCUGGCCUCCCACAAUAACAACAACAGGAUCAAAGCUCCGGCAAAGGGCCCCGCCGGAGCCGAGGAGGUGACGUCUCCUGACCCGACUCAGAGCCAGCAGCCCAGAGUCCAGCACAGCUUCGUCCAGGAACAUUUCCAGGCUCAGUACAAAUCUUCACUGACGUGCCCCCACUGUAUGAAACAGAGCAACACCUUCGACCCCUUCCUCUGCAUCUCACUGCCCAUUCCUCUGCGACAGACCAGGUCGCUGUGUGUGAUUCUGGUGUUCAGCACUAAAGGACAGCGGUACCUGCGGGUCGGCCUGGCUGUGCCUCUGUUCGGCUCCGUGGCCUGUCUGAGGAGGAUGGUGGCUGACGAGGGGAAAAUCUCCCCAGACCAGGUGAUCCUGACGGAGGUUUACUCCACAGGGUUUCAGCGCUCCUUCUUUGAUGAGGACGAUCUGACCAGCAUAGCUGAGAACGAUGUCGUCUACGCCUUUCAGGCUCCGCCCCUUUACAUCAGAGGAGGCUCAGCACGGAUCUCAGGUUACCAUCACAGCCUCCCAUCGUCUCCGUACUACGGCCCCGAGGGUCAGAGGUUACCUUCGUCCGGGACGCUGUCAUCAGAGUUCCUCAACCACGGCGUCCCUGUAAAGAUUCUGCUGUUGGUGUGCAACGCUGCAGGGAGCGGCCAGCAGGCUGUUAGGUUUGGACCUCCGUUCCUGAUGAGGGAGGAUCGGUCUAUUUCCUGGGACCAGCUGCAGCAGAGCAUCCUCAGCAAGCUUUAUUACCUGAUGAUCAAUGGAGCUCAGGCGCAGAACACCAGAGUGCUGUUUAACAUCCGCGUGGUGGGAGGGUCGGCGUUUUACAGCUACCUGUCUCCUCAGGACGGACGGCCGCUCUACCACCCCGCUGUCGACAGAGCUCUGAAGCUCUGCUGCUCAGGAGGACCGCCGCACGUCAAGCUCAUCAUCGAGUGGGAGCACCGAGUCAAAGACUGCCUGUUCGGUAACAUUCAGGAGGAGGUGGUGAAGGACGCAGACAGCGUGAGGAAUCAGCAGCAGCAGCACGUCCAGCAGUACAGCUGCACCUUAGACGAGUGUUUCCAUCUCUACACCAAAGAGGAACAGCUUGCCCCCGAUGACGCCUGGAAGUGUCCCCACUGUAAGCAGCUGCAGCAGGGCAUGGUGAAGAUGAGCCUGUGGACGCUCCCGGACAUCCUCAUCCUCCACCUGAAGCGCUUCAGGCAGGUGGGAGAGCGCAGGAACAAGCUCACCACCUUCGUGCAUUUCCCCCUGGCGGGCCUGGACAUGACGCCGCACAUGGUGAACCGUAACCACGGCGCCCAUCAGCCCCCUCUGCAGCCCGGCUGGAAACAACCCCGACGACCUGACCUGGCCCCUCCAGACUUCCUGUACGAUCUGUAUGCUGUGUGUAACCACCACGGAGGCAUGCACGGCGGACAUUACACAGCCUUCUGUAGGAACUCCGUGGACGGGCAGUGGUACAGUUACGAUGACAGCAGCGCGGAGCCGGUGCCGGAGGCGGAGGUGUGCACACGUGGCGCCUACAUCCUCUUCUACCAGAGAAGAAACACCAUCCCUCCCUGGUCUGCCAGCUCCUCCGUCACCGGUUCGACCAGCUCGUCCGCCUCUGACCACUGGCUCGUCCGGCUGGCGGGGGACAGUAAGAGGGGCAGCGUGGUGUCAGGGGGACCCAUCCCUGGACCUCUGGGGCCCGUACAGGCCCCUGAGUCUCCCGAGCUGCCAGUGUUCAAAGAGGAACCCCCCAAAACAGCAGAAACAAAUGGAUUCGAAGCAAAGCCGUUUGUCCGCGGGAGCCAAGGCCGGAGCGUGAGCAUGAGGUCACCAACGAAGCCCAAGGAGACUCUGAGCAAAGUUCUGCCUCUGCGGUGGUCGUUUGGCUCCAAAGACCGCAUCAGACACCCGGCCCAGACCCAGCCUGGAGAGCUGGUGGAGUACCUGGAGUCCGGGCGCCGCCCACGAUGUACCAAAGACCCAAUCAUAACGCUGGUGGCCACGCCGCCGCAGAGGAGCGCCCAGGGAAGAGCCUUGGAGGGCGGACAGGACUGCAGCUCGCCGAGCGGCAGCAGUCUGAGCUACACGGACAGACCCGCCUCCGACACCUGUUACUCCCCCAAAAUACCAGAGGGGCAGAGCAGAGGCGGUCUGGAGAGGAGUUUGAAUCAGGGAGUCGCCAACGGCAGCAAAGCCAGGGAUGAUGGAUCUCUGAGAGGUCAGAGGUCAUCGAAGAGAGCGAGGCAGGACCACAGCAGGACCCAGGACUUCCCGCUGCAGAGAGGGGCCUUUCUCCUGGACCAUAUCAGCCACAGUGCACCUCCCAGCAGAGACUCCACGCUGAGGAGGACCAAGGUCCAGACAGGGGCGACCUCCAGGAUGCAGAAGGACUUGUUACAGAUGUCCAUGCAUCCCGAGGACAGGAGGGGACAGAGGGGACACGAGGGUCGCAGCCACGAGAGCCUCCUGUCUUUUUUCAAACCUGGUUUCAUGAAGAAAGAAAUUCCCGGGUCACCAAUCAAGGGGCCGGACCGGCGUCUGAACGGACAGCUGGGAAGGCUUGCAAACUGUAAUUUAGCCAAACUGUCCCUCUCCAACGGGACGCUGACCACAGAGGACAGGAAGGUCAUCCCGAGCUGUGACGCCCAUAACUGCAAACUGGUGAACGGGAAGGCCGGGAUUCAGGACCCUGUGGACAUUAAGCGCGCUCACAGCUCCAGCAACAUCCAGAACAGGCUGGAUUUGACGUUUCGCAGGUGCGCCUCGCUGCAGAGGAACGGAGAGAUAAUGGCUCCUCCGGGCCACCGAAUCCUGCUGUCGGACAAGCCGAGCUACGCCACCCUGCAGAGGACACGAUACAGUACCACCUCCCUGGUGCCUCUGUGACAGCCGCCAAUGCCUGUUGAACACAAGAACCUCUCUACUGAUUUCUACGCUCGGCACCUGGAGGCUCCCGGCAGGAGACGUCACUGGAAAAAGUCUAUAUUCUCACUCCCCUUCAUAGUACUGUUAUAAGUUCUUACCUGUGUGUGUCUUAAACGAAAUCUAUGCAGAGCUGAAUUUACCGAGGAGAAAUACUGCUGUAAUGUGAUAUUCUUUUUUAUUUUACAGAGCAGUCUACUGUUAAUUCAUGGUUUUAGUUUUGAGUUUAAGAUCAAUAUUUGAAAAGCGGAAGGUGAUUUGGUGAAUUUGCAUGUUUUUGCCCAUUAUACGUUCAUCAUAUGGGCUCAAACAUGUAAACUUGUUAAACACUGCAGAGCGUACUAACACCUGCACUGUAAAUUGGCUGCUAUAACACAUACAUCAUUUGCUUCGGCAUUUACCAUCAUUUUGUGUGAAAUUAGCGAUCUGCUUUCCAUAUUUUGCAACAUAACCAGAGCUAACGUGCUCAUUGCUAAUGUAGCGGCAAUAACACUGCACCAAAUUGGCAAAAAUAUAUUAUUUUUUUUCUGUUUCAGAUUUAAUUUAAUUGACAGAACAAAUCUACAACUUGUAACCAUAGACUGUAAAUAAAGAUGGAUGACACGCCCCCACUUACCCCCGCUAUACUGAAGUGAAAUAUGAAGUGAAAUAUCCCGGAUACAGCUGUCAUGUUGUUCAUCUUUACAUACAGUCUAUGCUUGCAACCAACAGAUUACUAAUAAGUGGAAGAGGUGUGUGGAUGUACGCUAGACAGAACAGAAAAGAGAUUCUCCUAAAUAAUACAUGUUAAUGAUAAAGGUGCAAUUUGUAAUUCCUGGCCACGUUCUUCAAACUAAAAUAGGUAACAUUGCAUCUGUUGUUUUAGUUGACCUGUCUAUGCUUUGUGUGCCUCUCUGCUUUUCAAUAGUCUUUGCCCAAGAACAAGAAUUUGGCGUCCCCCAGAGGUCUUUACUGGGUCCCCUUUCAUUUACCUUCCACAUGCUACCUCUGAGGCAAGUCAUGCAUAGAUAUGAAAAUUAAAUACAAAUGUUACCUAUUUAUGGUUUGCAGACAGGUGCAACCCGAAAGUCAACAUGCCUGGGUUGAAAAUUCAGGACAUAUCUCACACAUUGCACCUUUGAUUACAAAAAAAACUUUCCCCUUGAAAUUACAUUUUCUUGUGUUUUUUUGCUGGCUUUGUUCUGCAGCUGGAUUAGGAGCUGUGGUUAUAUCAUAAAAUAGCAGGUGGGAAAACAAAAACAUCUAUUAACAGGCCCGCAGGCUUGCAGAGCAGUGAAAGAGGGAUUUUGUGUUUCUACCUGCAGAGCAAGAAUGCGAAAUGCCUCUGACUGAAUUCAUUUGAAUUUUUUACUGGUAAAAUGCCAACACGAACAGGACCGGGUUCAAAAGCAAGGCUCUGCUCUCUCAUUCGAGACUGAACCGAGGUCUCACACUGUGCACACACACACACACACACACCCACACACACAUACUAAUUCUCUCUCUGCAGCCACAGCGAUGCACUGAGUUAUCAUGCUUUGUCACAUUCACAUAAACUAUGAUUAAGUAGCCACCACAGAUAGUCAGUUCAUGCUCCUGUGUAUUUAACUCACAGCCAUCAGUCACCGUCUGUCUCGUGCGUCAUGUCACUGGGAAUUAUGAGGGAAUGACUAGAUUUCGUUCAUGUUGUGUCAUUUAACAUCACUGUCUAACACUCUUUACCAAAAUGAAAUGACAGUAAAUGAAGGAGACAUUAUUUGGGAAAUAAUGGCUAGAUUAUAUUUUAUUAUUAACUUUUUUAAAAGUCUACAUUUUGUACCUGAUGUGUAAUUAUGUAAUUUAAGAUUUAAAAAAAACUAUGUUUCAGGUUACUGUAUGAGGUCAGAUUACUGUAAAUUGAAUUGGACACGACACAGACGUCCUCAAACUGGAUUGACUAUAAUAUCUGCUCAAUGUACUGCAAGUUUUAUGGUUUGCAAAUUAAACACAGCUUUUCUCACAGG